GCCGAUAUAAUAAAUGUGAUCGUUGUUAUCAUACCGACGUGAGCGCCCCCCACCAGGACUACUCGUUGACACCCUCACUGGCUGAUUACAACGGCGUUUGUUCGGGACUCCUUCACUGUAUUUUCCUUGAUUCUGAUCCUUGUGUAAUUCCAUCAACCCAUGGGAAAUUAAUAUUGACAUUUAUCUUAUCACUAAUUUAUUCCAGUGUACAAAGUAAUAAUCAGGUAUUUUGAUACAUAGUGCCCACGACCGAGUGUUAACAAUGUUGAAUAGUGACAAGGUUUAUUUUUAUGUUGUGUAUAUCAAAAUAGUAUAUACUGUUUCAUAAAUUUUAUGAUGGCAUCGAAUCAUUAUUACUUCGCAAUGUUUGGUGUACUUUUUAUUUUCUCAAUAUUUUUCCUGGUGAGUGGCGAGACAAACGACAUGUACGAGAGUUUAUUCCGGAGCCCACUGAAACGUGUGUUCGUUUAUGGUACCUUGAAACGUGGACAACCUAAUCAUGAACUUCUCAGCAGUAGUUCGAAUGGAUACGCCAAGUUCAUUGGCAUUGGUAAAACCCUCCAUAAGUACCCGCUGGUGAUUGCUUCCAAGUACAACAUUCCCUUUUUACUUAAACAUCCAGGAGUUGGUCAUCAAAUCCUUGGAGAACUCUAUGAUGUGGAUUCAAAGAUGAUGGAUAAACUGGACGAGCUGGAGGAACAUCCGUCGUUCUACGUGAGGACUGAGGAAGAUAUCAUAAUGGCUCGAGAUAAGAAAGACGUUAACAUUGAACAGAUAGGAUGCGUGACCAAAGCCUGGACUUAUUUUCUUCCCAAAUUCAAAUCAAAUCUCUUACAGUUACCAAUGUACUCAUCAUACGCCAGUGAAGGAGUCCACGGGCUAAAAUAUGGCGAAAGGUAUCUGCGUGAUAAAAAUUACGAUCAUCGAGCCGAGGUCCAAUAAUGUUUGGCAAAUUAAUGACUGGUUUUAUUUGGUCUUUCGUGAGAGAGAUAAAAAGAACAUUUCGUGCAGCUCAUAAGUAAUGCUAUGAACUGGAAUUUGUUAUAGGGUGACAAACAAUAUUUUUUAUUAUCACAUCGCGAAUGAAAAAUUAUUCAAUAAUUGAAUAUUCUUUACAGUCAGGGUCAUUCAGCCAAACCCGAAGAAGUCAUGUGAGGCUGCCGUUAAUCGCUUGCAGACGUCUCACCUGAAUAAUUGUAAAUAAUUAUGUAAUCAUUUCAAAAUUUCUAUUUAAGAGAUUAUAAUAAAACUAAUGUUUUCAAUAAAA